AUGUCGCAACACACAAUUCAACACCACCAAGUUCACCAACACUAUGUCCAUUACUCUGGCCCUCAGCAACCGCUCGUGCAUCAUCAAAGCAUCGGCAUCGUGCCUCAAGAUACACAGCGGCAGCUCCAGCAUCAUCAACAACCUCAACACCAGCUGCAGCACCAGCCAGUACCGCAGGCGAGCGGCAGCGGAACGACCACAGUCUCGCCCUUAGUCGCGACGGGCGACUGGACGAAGGAUCUGGUUCAUUUGGCAAAGACUGCUGAGCUCAAAAAACAUGCUUUGACUCUCCAACUGCAUACCGCCCAUAUCCUUUCAGCCCAUGCAUCGCUUGAGCAAAAAGGAAAGGCUAUCCAAGACGUCCGCGAGCAGAGGAACAAACUAGAGAGCGAGAGGACGAGGUUGCUGAACUGUUUGAGAGAGAUAAAUGAAGAUCGAGACAAGGCUGAUCUUAUGGAGUCGACACUAAACAAAGAAUGCGACGACAUGCGCAACAAAAUCGCCCAGCUCACAGAGGGCGAUUACGCAAUAGCUAAAUCUGACGUAGACCGGCUACGCCAGGAGCUUGGACAACCUCCCCUACCCACAUUACAGAGCACCCUUGACGAAAAGACAUCCCAAUACCUUAACGAACGCCGACUGAACGGAAACGAAUCACAGUCACAUACGCCGACUGAGGCUCAAGGGUCUUCAUCUGCGACGGGUGGAAUGAAACGGAGUGCGCCUUCUAGUGCUCGUGGAGAGGAAGGUGCAGCCAAGCGGCCCAGGGGACGUCCCAAAGGAAGCAAGAACCGGAGCAAGGGAGACGCCGCUUAA